AUGUGGAGACAAACAUCUGAAUAUAUUGUGGAGGAUUUAUGCCAUUGUGGAAAAAAUGCAUCUGAAGAAAAUUGUGGCUGGAGGUACGCUGCCUGUCCGCGAUUUAGGAAAUCUGGAGGUUGCACAUAUUACCUGUGGAUUGAUCCGCCAAUGUGCACAAGAGCAAGACAAAUUCUUCCCGGUUUAUUGAAGAAAAAUGAGAAGCUUGAAGAUGAACUCAAGAGAAAGAGGUUUAGUGAGAGGUGUAUGUGGUUGGUUUUGGUGUUAUCUUGGAUGGUUGUAUACCUUCUUUUAAAAAAUGAU